UUCCCCUAUUGUUGUACCAGUUUAUUUCUCUACUUCCAAGCAGGUAGGUACAAGCAGCAGAGAAUUGGUCCAUUUUUAUUUUUGUUUAGGACGAAAAAGACAAUGUGUUUCUGUUCUCUUCAAGAAACAGAAAAAAAAAGUCUGUCUACUUGGCGCAAAUACAGGUAAUCCUCAACUUACAAUUGAGCCGGCCAUUUAUGUUGCUAGGUGAGACUUUUGUUAAGUGAGUUUUGCCCCAUUUUUCUUGCCACAUUUGUGAAGUGAAUCUGGCUUCCGCAUUGAUUUUGUUUAUUAGGUCACAAAAAGGGAUCGCUUUUUGCCCACCCUCUGGGACACUGCAAUUGUCAUAAAUAUGAGUCAGUUGUCAAGCAUCUGAAUAUAAAUUACAUGACCAUGGGGAUGCUGUGCAAGUCAUAAGUGUGAAACAUGGUAAUAAAUCGCUUUUUUCAGUGCUGUUAUAACUGUGAAUACUCACUAAGUGAAGUGUUGUAAACUGAGGACUACCUGUACUUUUAACAAAAAUAUACUAUAUAGGAUAUCAGACAAUCUUCAAACAUUUUUAUCAAGAUUGUCUAGUAUGAAGGAUCCUUGGUGCUGAUUGUCUUGUGUGCUGUACAGACUGUACUUCUUUCUACAAAACCUCUUCCAAAAUGCUGAACCAAGAUCCCAGAAUAUUUUAUUAGACUGAAAAUGAUUGGCAUAACCAACAGAAGCUUUGCUCAUUAAUUUGCUCUUUGAAAAACUUAGUAGAGGUAGAAGUGGAUUAUUGUAAACCUGGAUGGAGUAUGGUUCUCUGAGAGCUGCAGGGUUGAAUUCAAUACUUAAAAAUCAAUACUUACUGCAUCCCUUCUAACAUUCAGGUUCCUUUCUAAGGAUCUUUAGAUACUGAAGACUGAGAUUUUACAAAGGCCAAUCGGAAGAUUUAGUUCUGGGAUCAAUUCAUGUGCUGUAACUAAGAAUCAACAUUGACUUGAUGGCACUUAAUCAAUGAAUAUCAAUUUGGUGGCAUAGUCCUUUUUAUCCUGUUUGCUGUUAAAUGUAAUGUUUUAACUUUUAAUCUCCAUUUUUUUUCGUCAAGUCCCGUACCUGAAGGUUGGGACUUGAAGUUGCUGUCAAAGGAAAAAGUGGUGUGAUUUUUACACGCUGACAGGCUAUGAAGGAUUGAGCUUCAAGAUGGGCAACUUUAUAAGUGGGGGAGAUCCUUGGUGAUUUCUGAGCUUUCUUGUUUUCUUGCAGACGUUUCAUUACCCAAACUAGGUAACAUCAUCAGUGCUAGUAAGGAGUGGAGUUUACUCUCUAUUUAUAUUCUACUGAUUGGCCCUGGAGUGCUCUUAAGAGAUUCUUUGGUUGAACUGUUUACUGUUGGAUUUUUUUUAUUUAUUUGCAUUUAUAUCCCGCCCUUCUCCGAAGACUCAGGGCGGCUUACACUAUGUUAAGCAAUAGUCUUCAUCCAUUUGUAUAUUAUAUACAAAGUCAACUUAUUGCCCCCAACAAUCUGGGUCCUCAUUUUACCUACCUUAUAAAGGAUGGAAGGCUGAGUCAACCUUUUGGCAGUUUCUUGAUUAGGGUAUUGUUUAUUGAUUGUCUAUGGAGAUUCUCAAUCAUCCAAGUGAUGGUUGUCCCAAAGGUGAUUUUUCAAGAGGCAACUGGACUUUCUAUUUUUUUCUUGAAGAUGUUUCACUUCUCAUCCAAGCAGCUUUUUCAGCUGACUGGAAUGAGAAUGGAAGGAUUUAUAUUCCUUGCAGACAGCUGGUCAUUUGCAUUCUUUUAGAUAAUUGUUAAGGCCACUUUGAGGUUUAUCUGUGUCCUUAGGGUCACCUGAGUGGUGCAAAUGAGUGUGGAGCCUUCUUGGAACUGCUGAAAGGAUUGUGGUGUAGACUAGAGAUAGAUGAUAUAGUAUCCUUCCCCUUCUGUUGAGAAACGGCUGUUCAAUUUUGACAUAGAUGGCCUCUUUGAUCACUCUUUCAAACCAGAGGUCCUCUGCUCCAAAUAUGGACUUUGCUGUCUUCAAAAGAAUGGCCUUUGUCCCAAUGAUGGACAUUGUCCCAAUGGGUUUGUUCUCCUAUGUUGUGCCAUGCAUUUAUGAAAUGGUUUUGUUUUUCCAAGGUACUGAUUUGCACAUGGCUCGCUGCAUUGUACUGCAUAUAUCUGUUUGUGGCUGGGGCAGACUUGAGAUGGACAAUAAAAAUACUGGGGUGGCCAAGCUUCUGCCUUAGGGUAUUCUUGGAUUUGUUUACUUGAUUGUUGAUCUGAUGGAGUUAAUCUAUGCUGAUCAGGGUGCUGACUGCUGGAGGAGAGGUGCUUGGGUUUUUUUGUUCCCUUUUCUGGAAGGAAGGUUACUGUCCCAAGAAGAAACGAAAGCAUUUAGCAACGAUCCAAACAAGAGGAAACAAAAACUUCGGAGGGAAGCGAAAACCUCGAGGCCGGUUACUCAAUCAGCGUCGCCGCUUCUUUUAGAUUCCCUUUUUGCUUCUGGGAUCCUGACGUUGCACAGCAUACGGAAGAAAACCGGACCGGGCAAAGCAAAGGCCGUUAGACCCAAAUAACUGGCAAAAAGAACGUUAAAAACCGUCUUUCCGGGGCUUCGCGCCCUCCGGACCCUCCCCUCACCUCCAAUUCGCCAAGCCAGGUGUCAAUCCAAAUCCCCUCGAGGCAAUUCAGCCAAUCACCAAGCUUGAAUUGUUCCCUUAUGGGUCUCUAGAUCAGACACUCGUUAGUUUAAAAUGCGGAGCUCGGCAAAGCGUCGUUAUUGUCUCGGAGCAACGCCUCCCAGCCCCUCAAGAAAUAUGUCGGGUCUUUCAAUCGAUCGGCCAAGGUUCGACACAUUUGCGUCCAGAUUAACAACCCGGCGCUUUAUUGGAUUGGAAGGACGCUACUCUGAAAAGACUCGAAUUUACGGCUGCCGUUCAUUUGACGACAGGCCGUCGCCUCUACUGCACCAGUGUCGCGUGCGUUGAUGGCACCGAGAGGCGGGAUCUCCCUGCUGAUUGGAGGGGGCUUGCCGGCUCGUCUUUUCAUUGGUUGUGUAGUGCCUCCUCUGCCUCCAAACAAUGACUUCGGUCUACUUUUUUGCGGCUUCUUCAGCUUCCCGGCUAAGAAAAACGGAAUCCCGACCCUGCGUUCCUGUCAACGAUUGGCGGACGCUUCCCGCUAGUCCCGCCUCUCGUCGGAACACCUCGUCUCCUCCCUUCCUCAUUUUCAUCGCAGUAUCCCACAAGUCCCCUUAGUGAUUGGCUGCGUCCCCAAGCCCCACUCUAUUCCGAUUGGCUACUUCUCCGUAGGACCCCUGUCUUCGUUCCGAAUCCCUCUGCGUACAUUUCUUUCUUUCUUUCUUUUAGUCCUUUCUUGAUUGGAUAAACCUGUCUUCCUCCUCGCUGUUCAUUGGGUGAAACGUCGGCCCAGAGUGCGUGCGCAACUCGGGUGGCUUUCUCUGGCUCGCUCUUUUUCCGGAGGUGUCGCCGUCGCCGUCGCUGCUGCCGUCUAGGUGGGGGGGGGACGGCGGUAGGGAGCCGCGAAGCUUUGAGCUUCUUUCCUCUCGUUUCCCUUCCGUCACCGUCGCUCAGGCAUUGAGCUGGGCGACCAGGCCACGUCCCCCCCCAUUGGGGGGGAGGGGGGCCAUUGUUAUGGAGACGGGUUCUGGGGACCCUCCGUCGCCGCCGCCUCGGCCCAAUGCUUCUCGGUCGGUCCUUCACGUUCUCAAGCGGAGGGCUCCGGCUCCUGAGGCCUUCGAAGGGACAAUGAACAGCAAGCCAGGUUUGCCUCUGGCCACAGCGAACGAUGCAGCAAUAAGCAUGGACCCCGGAGAAGUGCCAACCGGUGCCACCCCGGCAGCACCUUGCAACCCUACAGAGGUGACGUUAACCACGAUGAUUGCAGAGAUGACACUUGUGGCCAACAGUGCUGGAAAGGGGGCAGAGCCUGGAGAGGCGAGGUCUGAAACUGUAGCGAUGGAUGCUGGAGACGCGUUUUCGGGGGAUACAGUGGUCCCUGUGGUCAAUUUGGUGCCUCCUGUCAUCCCUAAGGCUACCAUGAACGAAGGUGGGGUGAUGCCGGCAUCGGUGGCUUUGCCAAGAGACACAGUAGUGAAACCCCUACCGGUUGCACCAGCUUCACCAACCGUGAUUGUGGUGGCCCCCAGUCCUAUGACCCCACCGGAGAAGACUUCACCAACAUCUCCAGAGGGUUUGAUGCUUCAUGACUUUUCCACUCCUCGACCACCUCAAGAUAUGGGUUCCCAGUCUAGCCUGGGCACUACUGCAUCCAAAGUCCCUCCAGCUUCUGAUACUUUGAGCUAUUUAGAUUCUGUUAGUCUCAUGUCGGGCACGUUGGAGUCGCUGACUGGUCCUGGAUUCCUUGACGAUGCUAGCUCUCUGGGGUCUGAUUCUGAAAUCAAUGGACUUGCCUAUCGUAAGACUGAUAAAUAUGGCUUCCUGGGGGGCAGCCAGUAUUCCAUUACACUGGAAAGCGCCAUCCCUGUGGACGUGGCCAGACAGAGGGAACUUAAGUGGCUGGACAUGUUUUCUCAUUGGGAUAAGUGGCUGUCACGUCGAUUUCAGAAGGUGAAAUUGCGGUGCCGGAAGGGGAUUCCCUCUUCUCUCCGUGCCAAAGCAUGGCAGCUACUCUCAAAUAGCAAGGAACUUUUGGAUCAAAAUCUGGGGAAAUUUGAGGAUUUGGAGCGUCAGCCUGGUGAUCCCAAAUGGCUAGAUGUGAUCGAGAAGGACCUCCACAGGCAAUUCCCUUUCCAUGAGAUGUUUGCAGCUCGAGGAGGCCAUGGGCAGCAGGACCUCUAUCGCAUCCUGAAAGCCUAUACCAUCUACCGGCCAGAAGAAGGUUACUGCCAAGCACAGGCGCCCGUAGCUGCAGUUUUGCUGAUGCAUAUGCCUGCGGAGCAAGCUUUCUGGUGCCUGGUGCAAAUCUGUGAGAAAUAUCUUCCUGGGUACUAUAGUGCUGGAUUGGAGGCAAUCCAGUUGGAUGGGGAGAUCUUCUUUGCGCUUCUCCGACGAGCGUCUCCCAUUGCCUAUCGUCACCUGAAGAGAUACAAGAUCGACCCCAUCUUGUAUAUGACUGAGUGGUUUAUGUGCAUCUUUUCCCGGACCUUGCCUUGGUGUUCCGUGUUACGUGUGUGGGAUAUGUUUUUCUGCGAAGGAGUGAAGAUAAUUUUCCGGGUGGGCUUAGUGCUACUCCGGAAUGCCUUGGGCUCAGUGGACAAGUUGCGGUCUUGUCAAGGCAUGUAUGAGACGAUGGAGAAAUUGCGAAAUCUCCCUGUUCAGAUCAUGCAAGAGGAAUACUUGGUACAUGAGGUGAUUAAUCUUCCAGUUACUGAAGCCCUCAUCGAGCGAGAGAAUACUACCCAGCUAAAGAAAUGGCGGGAAACUCGGGGGGAGCUCCAGUACAAGCCCUCCCGCCGACUCCAUGGCUCACGAGCCAUCCACGAGGAGCGCUACCGUAUGAACCCUCCCCUGACAGCCAGCGCCAGCCUCCUGAGCCUCACAGGGCUAAAGCACAGAGUUGCCCUAGGCAGCAUCAGCGGUCCCUCUUUCUCUCCAGCUCAUUCCAUAAGUACCCUGGCUGAGUCGCCUUCACCUUCCCGGGUCCCUGCUGCUGCCCAGAACCAGGUAGUGGUAUCCGAAGGUCUUCACGCUGCCCUGCCCUCCCCUACCGGGAACAACACCCCCUUGGGUGGACCUAAGAAAAGCAGCAGCAGCAAAGUGGAAAAGCGAAAAGAAAAAGAACGGGAGAAGCAAGAGAAGAUAGAGAAGGAGAAGCAGAAGCUGCAGAAGGAGCGGGAGAAGAAGCUGCAGAAGGAGCGGGAGAAGCAGGAAAAGGAGCGGGAGAAGCAGGAAAAGGAGCGGGAGAGGAAGCAGCAGAAAGAACGAACCAAAGAGGAAGCCAAGUUAAAGAAAGAGAAGAAGCUGUCUUUGAGGAAAAAAGAACCCAAAUCGGCUCCUGAAGAUGGAAGAGAUGGGGAAACCUCAGGGGGCUCUGUGCUCCAGGACACUUAUUUUUGAACAAUACUAAAGGGGUGGGACAGCGCAAGGCUGAGCAACAUCCGAGGACCAAGAACAUGGUUGCCACUAGAGGCAUAGUGUGGUUGAAGGACCCAAAGGACUGGAGGAGAGGUACGCCAAGGGGAAUCGCAGCUGGACAUGGAAAUCCCCCAGACUGAGGGUCAGAGGGGGUUGGAGGAGAAUUACCUGGAGUCCAUGGGGUAACCUCUUUUGUGCACCUGAGGUGGGCUUGAAUCCCCCAUCCUGCUUUCCUCGACCGUAAGGACCAGAGAGAAAAGGUCCACAAUAGCUGCUGUGCUCUAUGCGUGGACACAGAACUUGGUGGCCCGUGUGAAUUUCACCACAACCGACACAACCCUCCUCUUUCCCUCCAAGCUGGGAGCCUAACCAAGGAAGCAAUUGCGUUCUUUACGAGUACUUUGUACAGAACUGCUUUCCCUUUAAAACUGUUUAACCGCUCCAGGGAUGACAUCACCUUGCUCCAGAAAGGCAAAAUAUGGACUCUGCCCCCUCCCCAAUAUUAACAGACUCUUCUGCCAUUGCAAAGUGGAUUAGCCCUUUCAACAUUCUCACAUAUUCCCCCCCUCCAAUUCUCUUCGACUUAGUGGGCUUCACAGGGCACUUAGGAAACAUCCCAUAUAGAUAGGUACUUGCCCCCUCCCUCUUUGCAUGGCUUCUUACAGGCUAAGCUAGCUGCCUUGUUUCCUGCCAAAUCACCUCUCUUUUUAGAACCAUUUGUUGUUAGGCAGACAUGGAACCAGGGUAGCUUCUUUGAGCUUGGACAUUCAAGAAAAGAGAAGUUUGGUCCUGUUGGCUUUUUGCAAUGAUGUGUGUCAAAACUGUGGCAGAAGAUUAAGGAAGCUAGGAUUGGCCAGUUGACUGUUCCCAUAUAAGGGAUUCCUAGCAGUCAACAAGGGGGAAAAAAACCCUCAGUUUCUAGAAAAGUUUGCUGCAUUGGUGCAGAAAAGAGAAGUAAUUAGAAUGGGUUCAAAAGAGAGGCUGCAUUUUCUGGUUCUCUGUUUUUGACAUGUAGUCAAAUAGUUUUAGUCAGAACAAAGUGGGGAAAAAAGGUCAAUUUCCUGCCCUUCAGAAGUAGCUUUUGGCAGAAACAUUCCUGAGAAAUCUAGGAGGGUAACUUUUGUCUGACCGCUUGCUAUUUUGUCCAAAAGAGGUAUUAACUUUUGGGGAGAACUGUCCCCAAGAAGAGAUUUUGGCAAACUGUGUCUCCCCAAGUGGCUAUAGCUGUAAAUUAUUGAAAUAUUUGUUACAUUUAGCUUUAAAUCCUAUCCCUUAAAAACAAAAGAUCUCCAUUACAGAAUAAAUUCCUUAAGAAUUAGUUUUUAACCUCCACUGAUUUACUUAGAUAGUUCCUGGGGUGUACUUUUUGAAGAUAACUGAAGACGUUUUCCAAUUUUAGUGCUGCUCCCCUGUCUUUUCACAAAACCAACAGGGUUUCUUGAGCAGUGGCUGAUAAAGCUGGUUUAAAACUGGUUUUUAGCUUGUUGAUGUAGAUAUUAACAAAUAUGAUGCAUGCCUGAUUUCCUUGUCCCACAAAAAUGGGCCUUUAAAGCAGUAUUUCUCAACCUUAGCAAAUUUAAGAUGUGGGAACUUCAACUCCCAGGAUUCCCCAGCCAGCAUGGGGAAUGGUUGAGGAAUUCUGGGAAUUGAAGUCCAUACAUCUUAAAGCUGCCAAAUUGGGAAACACUAUUUUAAAGUAAUUGGAAUGUAUUUUGCUCUAGACAUUUUUUUUUCUGUGGUUCGCUGUGCGGCCACAAUGGAGAUCUGUUUCCUUUUAAGGAGCAACGUGCUGAUAACUGCCUUGCAAAUCUUUAAUGGUGGAGCAGAAGGCAACUGUCAAAACUCUGGGUUUCUAUUCUAUGCAGUCUAGGAAAAUAAUAUUGGCAGGUCAUAGGGUUGAUCAGCCUAGGAAUGGUGGAAAGAGGUUUGGGGAGUUUGAAACUGGAAGAUAAAUUCUUGCUGCAUUGGAAGUCAGACUGGGCUACAGUAUUAUGAGUCCAUACUGGAUUCAUGAGUUCCCAAUUCUUCCGCAGCAUCUUUUCCUUCUCUUAUGUUCUUUGCAGUUGUGAAUAGUUUGAAAAUCAUGAGCCUGUUUCAGAAUUUCACUUCCCCAAAUAUAUCUGUACCAAAUAGCAGUUUCUCUUUGGAUUCACAUCCCUAACGAAAAUGUUCUAUUAACGUAUUCUCCUCUCUGUAUAUACUUUUUCUCUCUAACACAUAUAUUAUAUAUAUGUUUCAGUAUUGUAAUUAUGUAUACAGAUCCUUGGUUUUUUUUUUCUUUGACCUUGUGCUCUUAUUUAAUGGGACAGACACUGGAAAUUAGGAAUCCAUCAUCUCCCCAUGCCUUAUUGUUAUUUUUAAAGUUUUUUUUUUAACCGCUGCCCCUAAUUUGGUCAAGCAGUAAAUUACAAAUAACUCUUUGCUGUCCUACUUGUUAAUACUUUUUCUUUGUUUUUAAAAAAUAAUUUGUGCUUCAUUUUUAUUAGAUUUCCUCAUCCCUCCUGCAUUGCUUUGUCUAAAAAUGUUAACGAAACAAAAUGGAGACCAAGUUUGUCGAGUGACUUUGUUAACCAAGGAGGAAUUAGACUGAAAUUCCAACACUGGAGUUUUUUAAGGAAAGAUUGGACAACCAUUUGUCUGAAUCGGUGUAGGUUUUUCUGCUGGAGCAGGGGGCUAGAUUAGAAGACUUCCAAGGUUCCUUCCAGCUCUUUUAUGUUGUUAUUCUGAAUUAAGCUAUUUAAUUUUUAUGGGAUGGUUCAGAUCGAAAGCAAUGGUUUGUUUAUUGAAGAAGUCCAGGUUCAGAAAGCCUGUAGCACACAAAUUUCAAUUAACCAGAGGGAGAUGGAUUCAGACAACCCAGACCCAGAGUGAUGUAGAUUUAGUCCUAAAUAGACCAGAUUGUGCUGAGAGUCAGACAGAUUCCUUCUGGACAGCUAACUGCAUUCUCUGACAUCUGUGACUGAAAUCAAGUCCUAGAGAGGUUUUGCUAAAACCUGGUUUUUCUAGGCACUCCAUCUUGUUGUACAUUUCAUCCCAUGCCGUAUGAGGGCAGGGGGCAAAAUGGACAUAGAUGUGAAAGUGGCUGAUUUUCCCCUAACCUGUACAAGGUUGUUCCAUCUCUUAUGGUGCCACCCCAGAUUUGUUUUCCCCUUCAGAGGGAAAACUGUAGGAAAUGGAAAGGGAGCUGUUUGGAAAUGGAAAUGUUUGGCAGCUGCCAAAUGAAUGAUUUGAUCAUCCAAGACUUGUGUGGACAGGCCUGGCGAGGGGGAGAGGUGGAAUUCUUGGUUCACCACAAAGCCUCCAGUUGGGUCAGCCCUUUGAAGCAUUUUAACACCGGGGUCUGUUAAAAUGAUUUGAACACAUUACACAUCCUGAAUUUCAUUUUGCUCUCCUGCUGAUCAGAAAUAUGAAGUAUGAUGAAUCUGCCACGGUCAUUGGAGAUUUGAACUUGCAUUCCCCUCCACUUGUUUCUGUUGCAGUUCCUUAAGCAUUUUUAUGAGUUUAAUUAGGCUGGGGAAACAUUUAACUGGGAAGGAGGCUGUGAAGCUGAUAAAGAAAUACAGUGGUAGUUUGGUACUCAUCAUUAAUUGAUUCUGGGGGAGGAGGCGCAAUGAGUACCAAAAAUUAAUAAGUACCAAACAAUUUUUUCCCAUGUUGUGAAUCACAAGGCAGCCAACACCAACAAAUUCUAGCUGGUGUAUUGAAUGCCAAAUAAUGAGUUCCGGGACAAAAAUUUUCACAUCAAAACGCGUUGAGUACCAAAUUGGGUGUUUCAAACCAGUCGAGUGGCAAGAUACCACUGUAAAUAUUUCACAUCCCUUUUUUUCUAUGUGUAAUUUACAUGAGAUUCCUUCCUGUCUUCCUAGCCCAUACAUUCUGUGAUUUUGUAGCCCUCCAGAUGUUGAAGUCAAUUCCUUGGAUUUAGCCCAGAGUUCCACAAUCUUUCUGGCUUUGCAGACUGGUCCCACAUGAGCGUCAGGCAAGUGUGCUCAAAUGCACAGUCCCGCUUGUGUGAGCAAUGGGUAUGUACGCCUGCUAUGCGAGCUCGCCUACCACUUCCACAGCCCAGUUCCGAACGGCUCAAGGCCCAAUAGUGAGCGUGGCCCAGGGGUUGGAGACCCCUAGUCUAGCCAAUAGGGAAGUAACAGCUGGACAUCAUCUGAUUCUGGACAGUCAUUUGAGAGUGUUCAUGUUUCAUUGGAAACAUG